AUGAAUACAGUUGUUAAGGGUCUAGAUACUGACGGUGAAAAGUUCGUAUUUAUAUUCACGGAAUUCACCAAACGUAGGGUCGUCCAAGCUAAAGAGCGCUUGGAAGGUUCCAACUAUUACACAAUGACCAAAAAGGUCCGUGGUCAAUGUAUCAUAUUAAAUAACAUGUCCAAAUACUGUUACAUUGAAAGCGAAAGAUUUCGCCACGUGUUUGAGCAACUACAUUUCAAAGUAGAUGGCCUGGAUUACAAUUGGGACGCCAAGGAAAUUGAACAAAAUUUAACCGAGAAAGCUAAAAAAGUUCCUCUAAAUAGCGAUGCAUUUGCCUUGAGCAUUGCCAAUAUUUUCUCAGAUAUUAAUUGCCACCGACUUAAAGGGAUUCCGAAAAUUAUGUUUUUCGUUUGCUGUCGUGAACCUCCACCCACUUUUAAUGCUGAAUCAAAUUCCGCAUGGAUUGAGCCGGAUACUGAUGUUCAGGCCCGGGACGUUAUGGUAGAUAAUAGCCAUCUGUCAAACUUGCAGUCAGUGGACAAAACAUGGAUCGACGAUAAUCGAGAUACUUUUAUUGGCUACUCGUGCGCUCAAGGGUAUCAGACCUGGACACAAUACGGGAUAUCACGUUUUGGACAUAGUCUCACUCACAUGAUUGCUAAAUACGCUUGCGAAGAGCCAUUAACUAACAUAAUGACCAGGACGUGUAAUUACAUGCAAACUCACUUUGAUGAAUCUGGCUGUUAUGCCCCGGUUCCCGGAACUCCAUAA